GAAAGGAAUAGAAAAGCAAAUGAAAGCUGUCAAUUUUUCUCUCUUUAAUUCCCUCCUGUCUUUAGGAAAAGAAAAACUAUCCCUCUAAACUAAACAUACCUCAAAAUCAAAAAUCCAAAGACCAAUACGCAGUUCAUCAACCUCUAGAUCUAAAAAGAAAGAACUGUAGCCAAGAAGAGAAGAAAGCGAGUUUGGCUUCAAAAAACAGACAGAACAGAAUGAAAAAAAGAGAAACCAAGGGAGCUCCGUCAGCAGAUUUAUUGGUGUGUUUUCCUUCUAGAGCACAUCUAGCUUUGCUUCCUAAACCCAUUUGUAGUCCUGCAAGACCAGCAGAGUCUAGCAAACGGCACCACCACAGCCACCAUCACCGCCACCACCUAAAGAAAGCAAAUAGAGGUGGUGCUGCUGGGGGUCAAGCUAGUCCUCUCUUAUGGGCCAAGAACAAGCAAAUGGGCACAGAAAUUGCAGAACCAACUUCACCCAAGGUCACAUGUGCUGGACAGAUCAAAGUGAGGCACAAAGCCACUGCAUGCAAAAGCUGGCAAUCAGUCAUGGAAGAGAUCGAAAGAAUUCACAACAACAGGAAACAAAAGAAGAAGUCUACAUGGAUUGAUUCUUUUGGAUUUAAAAAGGACGUAAUGCAAUUCUUGACAUGUUUGAGAAAUAUAAGAUUCGAUUUUCGGUGCUUUGGUUCUAUUCCUCAAUCAGACGUGAUCACUUCCGAUGAUGAUGAAGAGAAUGAUGAUGGUGAGGAAGAAGAAUGUCAAGAAAAUAAUCGCGGUGGAGUUGAGAGAAGUAGUGAUCAUGGUAACGAGGAUUCAAGAACCAUAUUCUCGAAAUGGUUCAUGGUGUUACAAGAGAAUCAAAACAACGAUUCUUGCAAAGAAAAGAAAAAAGGGAAUUAUAAAGAGAAGUCGUGUAUUGAUAAUGAUAAGUCUAUUGCCGCACCUUCUGUCCCUCCUCCUAAUGCUCUUUUGCUUAUGCGAUGUCGUUCUGCUCCUGCAAAGAGCUGGCUAGAAAAGAAGCAAGAAGAAGAAGAAGAGGAGGAGGAGGAGGAGGAAGAAGAAGAAGAGGAUGAGGAUAUGGAAACAGAAGAAAUUAAAGGAAAGAAUUUAAAGGCUUUAAUAGAAGAAGAGAAAAGAAAUAUGAAGAAAGAGAGCCUGGUAGUGAUGAGAUAUGAUACUGAUUUCUACAAAUGUUCAACUGAUAUAGCGAAAGAAACAUGGGUUGUUGGUGGAAUGAGAGAUCCACUAUCAAGAAGUCGAAGCUGGAAGAGAUGAUCAUCUUCAACAAUGUAUGGAAUUCAAAGUAAAUUUCAUACUGUUCAAAAAAUCUUUUUGUGCACCUCUUUCUAAAAAGAAUUUUUCUUUCUUGGUUCUUGCGUGGGAAUUGGGAGAAAACCAGAAAAACCAAUCUUAAACAGGCUUUGAUUAUAGCUUUUACUCUUGUUGGUUUUUAAUUCUCGAUCAUAAAACUUUUGAAAUUGUACUACGUUUUUGUACAGCUCUUCUUUCCUUUUUCCCUGGAAAGGAUUUUGCUGCCAUGCCAUGUAUAUGUAUAUCUUUUGUGUUGUACUUGCUUAACUACCUAAUUACAUUACUAAAAUUGAUAA